GUGUUUCUUUCUGCCGGACUGUCUGCGACGAUGCUGACCACCAGCGCAGCGCUCCUUCUGACUAUCGUAACAGGUAACUCCUCGGUCACCCUAAUUACUCCCAAAAGUCCCGUAAUCGGCUUUGUUGGUGGCAAAGUGACACUGAAUGUUUCAAUUGAUCCCCCGUUCGUGGCAGAAGAGGGGACGUGGGCUCUUAACUCUAAGGUGCUGCUUUUAUGGAAGGGCCCGAACAUUACAUUUUACCAAGCUGGGUACACAGGAAGAGUGGUCCUCGACACCAUCACGGGGUCUCUGGUUCUGCACAGCCUGACUGUUGACGACUCAGGGGAGUACAACGUGACGAUCUCCGUUAAUACGCAGACGCUGAGCGGGGUGGUCCGGCUAAACGUGACCGAACCAACCCCACCUCAGUCAUCUAUGAAUGAAGGACGAGUAGCAGGAAUCAUGAUUGGUUCAUUUUUAGGUGGGAUUCUUGGUUCAGUUGGCAUCUAUUUUAUUAUAAAGCUCAUCAGCUGGGACCCCCUGAAUUUCAAGCGGUACCUUCCUAGCAGCAGCAGUGUGAAGGAUCAUGUUUCUCCAGAACCACCUGCAGGGACAAGUGCAUCACGAGUGUAUGAGAAUAUGACAUCUGAGCGGCGAAAGGAGAACAAAGCUUUGGAGAAUGAUCCCAAUUUAGACUCCAUUUAUACGGACUUGCAGCUUGAUGAACAGUCGGACUACAGCACUUUACAAAGGCAAGCCAUGAACACAGGAGAGCGGUGCUGA